UGAUGACCCCACAUAAGUACCGACACCCGACACCCCCAGCCAUGAUCACACGACCAAGAAAUUCUUCGAUGGCUUACACCCAAACAAGUGUACCGUAUUUAACCACUAGUUCUGUCGCUAUACCAUCGCUGUAUUUGCCCCUUGCUUUAGCACCUCUUAUGCUUCUAUCAGUUAUAAAUGCUUGCUUUUAAAUCGGAACUGUACCCUACAUUUUCUGCUUUAAUAUAUACAUAUAUAUAUGUCUGAUGCAAACUGUAUAAUCAAAGUAUUCGUGUGACUUAUUUAUUCAUUUCUAUAUUAUGAUUAACAAGAGAUAAAUUUGAUCAAUGGUAUUUUAAAUCUAAACAUUUAUUUUGAAUUUCAUAAAUAUUUUUUUUGAUUUGGUUUUGGUCAAAAGUUUAUAGGAUAUAAAAAUUUAGAAUUAAAAGAUUUUAACAAAAUAAUAAGUACAAGAACAACUGUUUAACAAACAGUGCCUGGCUGUACUAACAUUCAUUCAUUCAGUCAUUUAACGUACCCAAAAAGAAAAAUUGUUCGUUGGCGAUCUAAUGUAUCUACGUGCUCAAUAAGCCAGUUAAAUGAAUGAAAUUAAUAAAUGAAUAAAUGAAAUUUAUUUUGUCUCUUCGGUCACGAUUACGAAGAACAAGAGAGUUGACAAAAGCGAAAAGACGGGUAGUAAAGGUAAAACAACAGUCGUUAUAUAACACGCUAAUUGAUAAAAAAAUGAAAUAAUGUUUGAAUAAAAAGCGCGACCAUUACCCCUAGUUUGUGUUUUCAAUUGCUGUUGUUUUUAUUGAAGUAGAAAAAUUACGCAUUUAGAACGUUGUGAAUCAGAACGAAAUAUUUUAUAGAGUAGGCCUAUUCACGUCAUUGAGGAAAGAGGUCACUAGUUUACGAAAACACAUUCAUGUUAGAACCUAACUGCAACAACAGUAUCAUUUGCAGUUGUAUUGGUUACAAAAAAAACAGCGUUUUAACUGUACGGACAUAUCUGUUAUCAGCUAAGAAAAUAUGUAUUUUAGUGGAUUGGCUUUAGUACUUCUACUGUCCGCUGAGGCGUAUUCUAUAACUCAAGUGUUAUUCGCACUGGACAAAUUACGGAUUGUUAGUUCGUUAAACAGAGCUAGAGAAGGGCCAAUAAAUGCUAGUAAUAUGCACAAACUGGCAUGGGACGACGCUCUGGAGAAACGGGCCAUUAAAUUGGUUGAUAAUUGCUUUUAUUCGCACUCUGAUAUAAAUGGUCUUGGAAGCGCUUUUCUUACCAAUUUCCCUAACAACGCCGGAGGGGGAUCUGUAGUGGCAAAAAUGCUGAUACAAAGUUUCACCAUGAAUGAGUACAAGUACGUGUACGAAAAUAAUACGUGUUCUGGUAAUGUUUCUAAAUGCAAUACCUACAAGCAAUUGUUAAAAGGAGAGUCUACAAAAGUUGGGUGCGGAAUUGCUCUGUGUAAGUCUAAUUCAAAACGAAGCGCUCUAUGUCUCUUGUCGCCGAACCAGAAUAAAACAAUUCGACCAUUUACUUCUGGUCCUAAAUGCUCUAUGUGUACCGGAAACUAUUCUGGCUGCGAAAAUCGUUUCUGUGUUAUUCCAACACCCCAAAUUAUGAUGAAUUCUACAAGUACCUCUAACUCUACAACUACACAACGUAUGAGAACCAGACCGAUGACCCCUAAUUCUACCCAAAUGAUGAUGACCCCACAUAAGUACCGAAACUCGACACCCCCAACCAUGAUCACACGACCAAGAAAUUCUUCGAUGGCUUACACCCAAACAAGUGUACUGUAUUCAACCACUAGUUCUGUCGCUAUACCAUCGCUGUAUUUGCCCCUUGCUUUAGCACCUCUUCUGCUUCUACCAGUUAUAAAUGCUUGCUUUUAAACCGGAAAUUGUACAUUUUCUGCUUUAACAUAUA